AUGCCAAAAAAAGAUCGAAUAAAUUUGGAUUUGACUUCUAAGGAAUGUGAUAUACUUACAGCAAAUGCUAAACUUACUGAGCAAGAAAUUCGGGAAUGGCAUACGAAUUUUCUUCGUCAAUAUCCAUCAGGUAAACUCGAUAAAAAGACAUUUAUUGAUUAUUAUCAGAAACUACAUCCAAAUGAUGAAACAGACAUAACACAACUUUUUGAUCGAAUAGAUGUAAAUGAUGAUGGUACAAUUGAUUUCAAUGAACUUCUUGUUCUAAUUGCUAUUAGAAGAAAACUAGGCAAUUUAGAACACAGACUUGCAUUCAUAUUUGAUUUAUGGGAUGAUUCAGAAGAUGGACAAAUCGAUCGAAAAGAAUUAACUAAUUUAGUAUCAGCUAUGUACUACCGUUCUGGUAUAACUGAUCAAAAAGGUAAAUGGGAUCCAAAAAAACGUGCUAAGGAAAUCAUGGCUAAACUAGACAUUAGUGGUGAUAAGAAAUUAAGUAAACAAGAAUUUGUUAAUGGUGCUCACAAUGGUUCAGAUGGUCAAGGAGGUCAAAAUGGUCAAGGCGGUCAAAAUGGUCGAGAUGAUGACCAUGGUCGAGAUAAUGAUCAUGGAAAUAAUCGAUGUGAUGAUCUCGGAGGUGACACCUUUCAAAUUAGAAUAAACUAUCGUAGUUUCUCAGCCUACGAAGUAGUGCAACUUCACGCGGACCACACAAGUACUUCAAUUGACAAUAAACAAAAUGGUUUCAGUCCACAAGCAGGAAUUGAGCCUCAACCAUUUAGUGCUCAACUUGGAGAAUGGAAAUGUAUUGGAAGAAAUCGAGUUGAAGUUCGCACUGCUAAUUAUAAUUUUCAAGUUACUGGCAGUUCUACUCCAAGUACAGUGGCCAUUAAUAUUCUGGUUUUGAAUUUCAUUGGCAAUUCUGGUUUUGUCAGUGGAACAUUCAGAUUCGACUAUUUUGCACUUAACAGCUUUAUCAAUAAUGCGAAUCCACGACCAUUGCCUGGUCAAUCAUUUGGACCAUACCCAGUUAACGGUCGACGAUCCAAUUUCUUUAGACGCUAG